AUGAAGAUUGAUCGUGAGGUGAUGGAUGUUGAAAAAGGCGACCAGAUGAUCUUGGUGAAAUGUAAAUCUUCCUUUACGGUAAGUUCUAUAUUAGGUGCGGAUUAAUCUGUUCUUGAGCUUUUGGAGAAUGCUAGACCAUCAAAAUAGAGGUUUGGGCGGACGGGUUCCGUCGUUAUGCUGGAGUACGAAUCGUUGCCCAUACCAUUGAUUACGGUGACAAGAUUUUGGUUAAAAUUCGCAAGCAACGCAAUAAUUCGACCCAACAGAAGCCCAGUAUUUCUUCGUUCAUUAGGUCAUCUUCAACUACUUCGGCAAAAAUAAAUUGAUGGAAAAGAAAGGAGUUUAAGAGGGACCUGACGCAUUCAUCAAGCAAUACAAGAAUGUUGUGGUCUG